CUCAACUUGGCUGAAGAAGCAGGGCAUAAGGCACUCUCUUACCAUGCCCUACUCUCCUGCAAUGAACGGCAUCGCCGAGCGUGCGAAUCGGACACUCACGGAGACGGCUCGGGGACUUCUCAUUGAAGCCGGUCUUCCCAAUUACUUUUGGCCGGAUGCGGUGCGGCAUGCUUGUGUGGCCAAGAACAGAGCCUUGACUCACGUGGGAGAAGACAAAUGGGUGCCCUAUGUGGAGUGGAUUGGAAGGAAGCCGAAGACCUGAUCCCGGAUAUUUUUCCCCACCAGU